UGCACAACGGUUCGAAUUUGAAAAAUAACAAAAUAUAUAUGAUAAAUAAUUAUAAUAAAUGAAAAAAAAAGAAAAAGAAAAAAGAUCAACAGAAUAACACAAAAAAAAAAGAAACGAUAAUAAUAAACGCAGCAGCGCUAACAGCACCACCACCAUCCGAAAUAUAAUUAUGUACACGGAUGUGCAUUAUUAAGUGUUAUUUAAAUAAUAAUUCUAAAUUAAAGUUUUAUUAAAAGUACUAAUAAUAAAAUUUAAAUAAAAAUUAAUUUUAUGAACAUUAUUUAGUAAUUCUUAUUAUACGUGUUAUAUUUAUGUCGAAUCAAAUAUUUUGAAAAUAAUUACAAAUAAAUAAUUCAUAUACAAAUGCGUAUAUAUUUGAUAUAUGUACGUUACAUACAUAAAAAAGAAAUAUAAUAUAUGAGUGAAUGAAAAAUUAAUAUAGUUAAAACUUAUUCAAAUAAAAAUUAUGAUAUUCAAAAAACUCACAAUAUUGUCGUUCCUAUUUCAAGCCACCGUUUUACAAACAACAUUUGAUAAUUAUGCUGAAUCAAAAAGGCGUGAAGAUGUUGAUGAGAAUUUAUUACGAAAGAGAUGUGAAUUAAUUAAUUAUGGCUUUAGACUAGAUAAUAUUUCGUUAGCUCAAUGUAUUAAAAAUCUUACAAAACCGGGACAUUGUCCAUCUACAUCGUAUGAUAAUCGUGAAUAUUAUGGUAAAAUGAUAUGCCUUGAGACAUGUCAAGGUCACGAUUAUAAAUGUCCAGGUACACAAAAAUGUUGUCAUCAAAUCGAUUGUGGUAUGAUUUGUCAGGAACCAAAUGAUUUACAUUAUGAUAAUAGUAUACCACCAAUACCAAGAAACUUAGUUCCAAGAAAUUUAAAAAAAAAAGGACGAACAUGUGAAUUAUUUUGGGAUGUUCCGUUGAUACAUGCAAAAAAUCAUACAGGACAUUUUUUAUAUAUAGUUGAAUGCCGUUGGCAUUUUGGAACUCAAUUUUCGCCAAGAAAACUGAGAGAAUGGGAAUGGUUAGAUUAUGAGAUAACUGGGCAUAUUUUAACAUAUAGAACAUCAGUGAAAAGAAUGCAUGCUAGAAUAAAAUUAAAACGGGGACGUUUUUAUCAAUUUCGUGUUGCUAUGAUUAAUGAAAAUGGAUUUAAAGGAUAUUCUGAACCAUCAGCACCAUUCCGAUUACAUGAUGUUGCAACUCAUAUUACAGAUCCUAGGCCACCAAAAGCACCGAAAAGUUUUAAAAUAACACUGCCGAAAUUAUUACCAAAUAAUUCCAUAUAUGCAAAAGUGACAUGGUUGCCUAAUAAAUCAGAUAUUCCAAUUGAAAAAUAUCAUAUAUCUUGGGCUCUUUACAUUAAAGCUGAAAAUAAUUCUCUUCUUUUAAAUGAUGCCUUUGUUAAAGAGCCAAUUCAUUCGUAUGAAUUUUGGAAUUUACAUCCAAAUUCAAUGUAUUAUAUACAAGUUCAAGCAAUUGCUGUACAUGGAAAACGUCGUCCAAAAUCACCAAAAUCUUCAAUUUUUUAUAAUACAACAAUAGAAACUAGUAAUAGCUUAGAUCAUAUUAAUAGUGAACUUUCAAAUAAUCAGUAUUAUAAUCGAACAAAUCAUUAUGUUCAACAAUCAUCAGCUUCAUCAUCUAUAAAUUCUAAUAUUGGAACCUAUUCUAUUAAUUCUACUGGUUAUAAUAUAAUUGGAAAAUCUAAAAAUACAUUUUAUUCAGAAAAUAAUUUUCAUUCUAAUUCACAUAUGAAACAACCAAUUAUUACAAUCAAAUUUUUACCAAAUAAAAAAUACGGAUUACUUGUUCGGGCGGUAUUUUCUAAAGAUACAAAUAAUGAAAAAUACUUACUUGAACUAUGUCCUGGAAAUUUUUCAAAUUGUGAAUCAAAGGAAUAUGAAGCAGCUAAAACAAAGAAGGAUCAAAUCGAUUUCAGUCAAUUGAAAUUCAAUAAACAAUACACAUUACGAUUAAUUGAUACAACGAAUCAUAUUGAUGUUAAAGGAGAUGGAAUUGUACUUACAAAAACAUUUUUAACUCCAGCAUGUUCAGAAUGGUUAAAAAAGCAUCCAAAUUUGAAAACAAAUUUUAAAUGUUAAACAAUUGAACCUUGCUACUAUAUAUCUUUUAUUUUAUAUUUUGUUUGAAUAAAAAAAAAAAAACUGUUAUAAUAUUUAGAAUAAUGAAUUUUAAAAGAAAAAUGAAAAAUACUCAUGCGCCAUAUAAUAAGUUAAUUUUAUAAACUGAAUAUUCCUAAAUCUCAGAAUUCAAAUGACUGGGAACCCACUACUAAUUAAAAUAUAUUAUAUAUUUUUUAACAAUAACUUUUUAUUAUAUUAUAAAGAAACUAUUAAACAUAUCGAUUUUAAGUAAAACUUAUACUUAAUAGUUUUUUAGGAUUUUUUUUUUCUUUAAAUAUACAUACCAGUAGAAUUAAAUUUAAUAUAAAUUAUAACGAAUGCAAAAAAAAAAAAUAAAAACAAAUUCAAAGUUAAUUUUGUAAGGCAUGAAAAAAGGUAAAAUAAAAAAUAUAAAACACUAUUUUUGACAAAAUUGAGUUAAUUACUCAAAACGAAACAGUAUUUUGUAAAUAAACGUAUA